CAAAUCUUGUUGAAUUCUCGCGUAGGCUUAAGGCUAUUCGUCUGUGAUACUUAAAAGAAAUCAGAAAUUUUAUUGAUUUUAUGCGUUUACUACCUUAAAUUUAUAAAAUAAUUACCAAGUAUUUGGAAGAUAAAGUUCAACAUGAACUGCUCCAAAAGCAAUCAUGAUCAAAAUACCCAAAACAACAAUAGAAACUUACUAUUUCACUUGCACGAAGAUCCAGCAUUAGAAGACUUUUUAAAUGUUUGCCGUAUUUGUGCCACAAUAGCAGAUGAAGUGUGCCCAAUCUUUUAUGAACAUAGCCAAUGUGAUGACAUAGCAGGAAAAAUUAACCAGUAUCUACCAAUUAAGGUGUCAAAAGAAGAUGGACUGCCUCAAGUGAUUUGUGUGCAGUGCCAGAGCACUAUCCUAGCGUGGGAUGAGCUGGUCAAGUGCUCUGUCCAGGCCAAUAUGGUGCUGCAACAGAAACUGUCAGUUAUGAGACUACUGGACCCAGAAAAAGCAGAAGAAGAAAUAGUGGAAUCUACAAAACCGCCCAUAGAAACUACGACGCCCCGACGUGACAGCUUUGACACUUACUUUCUAGACCAUGAGGAAAAUGAUAGUAGCAAUCUUAAACUUGAUACGGAAAGCGAUGCAUGGCAAACGAACACUAUUGAUAACGCCUCAGAUGAAGAUGACAAACCUUUAGCUGCCAUAGCUAAAUCAAAAUCUGAUUUAUUCCAGAAUUUUUAUAACGCACUAGUGAAUUUUCGAGACCAUUUUGUAACGGAGCAUAACAACCAGGACAACGCUUGUUCUGACUUUUCAGACACGAGUGACUCUGAAAAUUUAAAUGAAACAGAUUCAGCAAAAGUAGAUUUAAGCAACUUCGAUGACCUAACGGAUUGUAACAUGAGAAAGGAUAAAAUGGACGAACAGACCCGGACAGAGCUCAGCCAAGCGCAAUCAAAAAUAAACGGGAAAGUUUACUACACUUGUAAAAUUUGUGGGAAGCAUCUCAGUUCGACACAUACGUAUAUAUUCCAUCAGAGAAUACACACCGGAGAACGGCCUUGUAUCUGCCACAUUUGUGGAAAGCAAUUUCGUGCCCCGAAUGGGCUGCAGCGACACGUGACGGAGACACAUGAAAAACAGCGCUGGUACACUUGCAUCAUUUGUAUGAAAAACUUCGCCAAUUCACAAAAUUUGAAACAGCAUUUGAGGAUUCACACUGGCGAGCGACCUUUCGUGUGUCCCCACUGCGGCAAGAGGUUCACGCAGAGCGGUUCUUUGCACGUGCAUCUAAAGACGCACAGCGACCACUACCCCCACCACUGCGCAGAGUGCGGCGCUAAGUUCAGACUCAGGUCGGGUUUGACACGACACCGGUUGAAACACACUGGACAGCGGCCACACGUCUGCGUGCAUUGCGGUAAAGGCUUCAGACAGAAGCAUGAACUCAACAGCCAUAUCCUUGCGCAUACAGACUCGAAACCUCACACGUGCACAGUUUGCGGGGCCGCGUUCCGACAGCGCAGGGCUUUGAGGCACCAUUGCAAACGACUACACCAAAAUGAAGUGAGGGAAACACAGAUGGCAAAUGUGUACAAUCAUGUUGGGCAAUAUGAGGGAUAAAGCUUUAUUCCGGAAUUAGACGGUUCUUUUUCGUUUGUUAUUAGUAUUAACAUUUAUUUAAUUGUUAUAUGUACAUAUUUAUUCACACAAUUUAAUUUGGGGUUCAUUCAAAAGUGCUUACAUUUAAUAUGUAGUACAAUGAAAUGAAAUAUUGAAUUCCUUAGUUUCUCUUAAAAUAAUCAACCCAACGAGAACCGUCUAAUUAAUGUGGAAUGCACAAUUAUUAUACCCUCUUACUCUGAUAUGUUUAUAUCUCUGUAACUACUUUUUUUUUCUUUGGUGUAUAAUAAUGAGUAUUCUUUCAUUCAACCCACCCGUCGAAAUAUAUUUAAAUAUAAAUUAUGGACCAAAUAUAGUAAAUAUUUUCAACUCAGAACACUGUUUUUUAAUUUUCUUCCCUUGGCUCCUGAUAAGGAAAUGUUAACAUAAAAGCGCGACAAAUGCAGCAUGACUGUACAAUAAUGUUCAGUGGAAUUGCGCGUGCGUUAGAAAUUUGCGCUGUGGGAGUGUAUAUUAUUUUCCUUAAAAAUAGCCCUGCAGAAUAGUUUUUACGAGAAUAUUUAAUAAUGAAAGAAAGGUGUUGUUAUGAAAGAUCAUUGUAGUAGAAACACAUCAAACAAACGCGUACAAGACAGCCAAGUACUUAAACAUGCCCUAGAUCGGUUGAUGUUUACGGUAAAAGUACUAUCUAUUCAGCCUCUGAUUUACGAUUUUAACAAGUCGUAGAAAAUCUGUGCGUUGACGUUCCCUCCGAUUUGAGAUUGAGGGUUAAAUAGAAUCCAAAAAUAAAUAAGAAGGGAGACAGGUAACUAAGAUGUUACGCACCCUACGCACAUGUUUAGAAAAGAAAG